AUGUCAACCUUGAACACAGUAUCCAUUUUCCCAACAGAUCCUGAAUCCCAGAGAAAGAGGACAGUACAGAAUGUGCUUGAUCUGCGGCAGAACCUUGAAGAGACCAUGUCCAGUUUACGGGGCUCUCAAGUAACUCACAGCUCGUUGGAGAUGACGUGCUAUGAUAGUGAUGAAGCCAAUCCACGCAGUGUAUCCAGCCUGUCCAACCGUUCUUCUCCUCUCUCAUGGCGAUAUGGUCAGUCCAGCCCACGCCUACAAGCUGGAGAUGCCCCUUCAGUCGGCGGGGGAUGUCGCUCGGAAGGCACUCCUAGCUGGUACAUGCACGGGGAGCGAGCUCAUUAUUCCCACACCAUGCCCAUGCGCAGUCCCAGCAAGCUCAGCCACAUUUCCCGGCUGGAGCUGGUGGAGUCCCUUGAUGCUGAUGAUGUUGAUCUUAAAUCUGGGUACAUGAGUGACAGUGACUUAAUGGGCAAGACAAUGACUGAAGAUGAUGAUAUCACCACAGG